GGUGUGACAUCCAGCGGAUGUAAACAAAGAGUUAGCCUCUAGCGUUAGCUUUAAGAUAUGAGGACUGAAAGCAGGGACGUGGCUGCGUUCUCAUGUCUCAGAUGAAAUAUUUAAGCUGUGGGAGUGAAAAUGUCUUCAGCUGAGUGUGUGAGAGAGUUUAAGAAGGAGCGGGUAACUGCUGCUGAAGCGGAAACCGCGGAGGGGGAGCCGGGCGGGCGCAGACUGCUGGACAUCACCUGGAAACCCGAAAUAACGCAGCGAGGGACAGACCUCCCACAGCAACAUGUCUGUAAGCAGGAGGAGGUUCUCACUGAGCAGCAGCUCUGGAACCAGGAGAGGAGCUCCAGGCUGGACCAGGAGGAACCAGAACCUCCUCGGAUUAAAGAGGAAGAGGAGGAGCUCUGCAGCAGUCAGGAGGUGAAGGAGGAGAACGAUACCUUCAUCCCUGUUCUGGAAAAAAUUCCCAUCCAGCAUGAGGGAGACAUCGAUCACCAGUGCAGACCGUCAGAUGUCAUCUGGAAACCUGAAAUCAAGUUGCAGAGAAUCGACCUCCCACAGCAGCAUGUCUGUAAGCAGGAGGAGGAGGUUCUCACUGAGCAGCAGCUCUGGAACCAGGAGAGGAGCUCCAGCCUGGACCAGGAGGAACCAGAACCUCCUCGGAUUAAAGAGGAAGAGGAGGAGCUCUGCAUCAGUCAGGAGGUGAAGGAGGAGAACGAUACCUUCAUGGUGACUCUUGCUUCUGCUGAAAGUGACCACAGUGAAUCUGAACCAAUCAGUGCCCGGCUCCUGUCUCACAGCUCCCCUGAAACCAAGAGCCGAGAUCAGGAAGGAACCAAGAACGUGGACUCAAGAACGAGUACAGAGCCAAGAAGGAAGACGGAAGACUGCAGGAACAAAGGUCACAGGAACACGGCAGGUAACUGUAGUACAGGUAAAAAGCCUGUAAAAUGCGCUUUCUGUGAAAAAGUUUUUAAACACAAGUCUCAGAUGGAGAGACAUCACAGGAUCCACACAGGUGAGAGGCCGUACUCCUGCGCAACGUGCGGGAAAGGUUUCAGCCAAAGCAGCAAUCUGACCGUCCACAUGAGAACGCACACAGGCGAGAAGCCGUUUUCCUGUGAAACGUGCGGGAAGCAUUUCACCUGCAGUUACAGUUUGUUGGUCCACAUGAGAAUUCACACAGGUGCCAAGCCGUAUUCCUGCAAAGCAUGCGGGAAAAAUUUCAACAGUAGCUUCAACCUCAAAGUCCACGUGAACACGCACGUAGGAGAGAGGCCCUAUUCCUGCAAAUUGUGCGGGAAAACCUUCAGUCAGCCGAGCAACUUGAACGUUCACAUGAGAACUCACACAGGUGAGAAGCCGUGCCUUUGCAACACCUGCGGGAAAAGGUUCACCGACUUAUCAGCGCUGAAAAACCACAUGGUCGUCCACACAGGUGAGAAACUGUACUCGUGCCAAACCUGUGGGAAAAAUCUCAGCUCGAGGAAAGGCCUGUCGGUCCACAUAAGAACCCACACAGGUGAGAGGCCGUACCUUUGCAACACCUGUGGGAAAAGAUUCACCGAGCUGACGGCACUGAAGAAGCAUGUGAUGAUCCACACGGGCGAGAAGCCCUACAUUUGUAACACUUGUGGAAAAGGGUUCAUUCAAAACAUCCACUUGCUCUAUCACAUGAGGACUCACACAGGGGAGAAGCCUUACCCCUGCAACACCUGUGAGAAACGAUUUAAAGAUCCGUCCAAGCUGAAAAUUCACAUGAGAAUUCACACAGGUCGGAAUCAAAGCUCAGGAGCGUCUGUGGGGGGGGGUUACCCGGCCGACCAGGCUUGAAGAGCAUCGUUGAAGUUUUGGGUUAAACGUAGACUGUGAGAGAUGCUCUCAGUGUUAAAGAGUGUGCAGUGUAAGGCUGUCACACUGUUCACAGCACUGCUUUCAUUCUGUAAAUUUAAGUAAGCCAGGUUUGCUGUUAACAUUAUUUUGCUGUGUAUCUUUGGAUAAAUGAACUUCCUGUGCUUUCAGCUGUUCCUGGUAGGAGUCGCCACAUUUCAGUCUCUUCCUGUUUUCCACCGUCACACCUUUCACCUCAAAAAGUCAUCAGCAUCAGGCUGAGAAUUUCCACUGUUAGCUCUACACACACUUCCCACAUGGUACUGAGGGGAACCCCCCCCACCAUCUGAUAGGCCUGACCUAUGAAAUUGUUCUGCCUAGAACCCUGCAGUAAUACUUAUUCCUCUUUACUUAUUUGUCGAAGCGGCAGCCCGAUGGCGCUACAGCAGACGGUGAAGGUGGAGGGUUUUGCUAGUUCAAUUCAAUUCAGUUAAAUUUUAGUUAUAUAGCACCAAAUCACAACAAACAGUCACCUCAAGGCUCUUUCUAUUAUGGGUAAAAACCCUACAAUAAUACAGAGCUAGUCCCUGUGCUAACGUACCUGCUAACGUUUCCUUGUUCCGCCGUGAGAAUCAAUCCGAUGUUCAACAUUUGUUCCACAUGACUUUUUUCCCAAGUUGUUUGCGUCCCACCUGUCAUCACCCUGCGGCCCACUGGUGGGGCGCGCCCCACAGUUUGAGAAACACUGCUUUACAUUAGUUUUACUCUCAGCCACAUCUGUGGGGCUGAAAACCAUAAGUAAGUAAAAUGUACUCAUAAUUUAAAGCUCACGAAGUGCUUCACAAAAGCAAGGAAAAGCAAGAAUACACAGUAAUACAACAGUAAUACAACAGUAAUACAAUAGUAAUACACACUACACAAGCCGGCCUGAAUGUGAAAGUGCCCAAAGCUGCAGGUCCUCGGUCGUGCCUGAGCUUCGGUGACUGUGGGCUGCGUGUUCAUGAAUGUUGGAGUUAAACAUUUACACAUGUUUGUCUCCUUCAUUGUGUUUUGUUGAUAUUUUUGAGUGUUACUGUACGCUGGUUUCUAACCAAGCUGAUAACCUCGUUAAUCUCAUCCCGCCUUCUCACUCCUGAUGACAUUUUUAACAUCAGCUGCUUUCGGCUCCACUUCCUGUCUUUUCUGCAGUGGUCUCCAGUCCUUUAACCUCAGCUGGUCUCACUGCCGUCAUGUAAACUGUCUCUUUCACCUGCUGCUACAUUUCCCGCCCUACCUGCAGCCUCUUCGUCACCUGUCACACCCUGUGCUGCUCUGAAUGAUUGACCUCAAACUCUGACAUCUCUGCUCCUCCUGCCACCGUCCUCCUCCUCGGGCACGUCUUCCUCCCACUGACGUUACCUCUUCUUCAGCUGCUUUCCAGACCCUCGUCUUCCCUCUCCCUGCUCUCAGUGCAGGUCACAGUGUCAUCUGAAAACAUCAGUCUUGCUGCGAUCCCCGGUUUUAUUCCUUCCCGCAGCUCUGAUGUCAUCAACAGUGCAGUUCACAUGCAUCAUCCUCGUUCUGCCUGAGUUCCUUAGAUCUCACAGUGUGCAGCGUGCAGUGAACGUCUAAGAUUUUAGGACAGUGUUUGGGAACAUUUUAAUGUUUCCUGAGAACAUUUAAAAUAUGAACGUAUUUAAACUCGACUUGUUUCAGUGUCUGAGAUCAAAGCAUGACUUUAGCCGUGGAGAGUAACUCUUAGAAUGUUUAAUACAA